CUGUCAUACCGUUCUAUACGCUCAACUUCUCAUCUCCGUUCGAGAUGGAACACUUUCCACUAACAGAAAACCAAAGACAAACAACAACCUCAACAUUCUCCUAAUUUUUCUCAAACUCUUUUCCGAGGAGAACCAACCCCAACAAUGACCGUCAUCGACAUUCUCUUCCGUGUCGACGCCGUCUGCAAAAAAUACGACAAAUACGACAUUGACAAACAGCGUGAACUCAACGCUUACGGUGAUGACGCCUUCGCCCGUCUCUACGCCGCCGUCGAUUCCACCAUUCAACAGGCCCUCAUUAAAUCUGAGGCUGCUACCAAGGAGAAUAAUAGAGCAGCUGCUGCGGCUAUGAAUGCUGAGGUUCGUAGAGCCAAGGGGAGAUUGAUGGAUGAAGUUCCUAAACUCCGAAAACUCGUUAAUAAGAAGGUUAAGGGUCUAACAAAGGAAGACAUAGCCAUUCGACAAGAUCUUGUUGACGUAUUGCCAGAAAGAAUCCAAGCAAUACCGGAUGGUAUUACAUCUGCUGCUAAUCAGACAGGAGGAUGGGCGGCUACUUCGUCUCAUCCGCAUAUCAAGUUCGAUACACCAGAGGGACAUAUUGGCAGUGAUUAUUUCAAUCCAAGUGAAGAAUCCAGUCAGUUUCGAUCAGAAUAUGAAUUGCGCAAGAUGAAACAGGAUGAAGGGCUUGAUAUCAUAUCAGAAGGAUUGGAUACUUUGAAAAAUCUAGCACAUGAUAUGAAUGAGGAAUUAGAUCGACAAGUUCCUUUAAUGGAUGAAAUCGACACAAAGGUGGAUAAAGCAACAAGUGAUGUGAGAAACACUAACUUACGGCUGAAGAAAACUCUCACCGAGUUGAGGUCCAGUCGAAAUUUCUGCAUCGACAUCACUCUAAUGUGCGUUCUUCUUGGAAUCGUUAUGUAUUUAUACAAUGCACUGAGGUAACUUGAUCCCAAACUUUCCCUUGUUGUGUCGGUUCUGCUACAUUGCAUCCUUACACUAUUUAAGAGCUUUCUGACUAAUUUUCGAAUUGCUCGGCUGCUGGAGGAUUUCGACAUACAUAUUAUCAAUGUAUCAUGUAACUCUCUGAUCAAUUGAUGUAUUUAAAGGGAUACAUAUAAAUUACACAUAAUCUACAAACGUUCAGUAUGAUUUUAUUGAAAUAACACACAGCUCGUGUCGGUUGGAGGAAUAGAAAUGGUAUUUACAACUUGUCAUUGCUAAGUAGGGUACA